CACGCGCUCUUCCUUGUGUGCCGUCUGUGAUAUUUCCAGUCUGGGUAUCUUGCUAAUUGCACGAUGAAAUCCACUUUGGUGCUUUCGCUGGUGCUAGCCACCACGGCGGUGCAAGCCGGCAGCCGACGUCGCGGACACCGAUGCGGCGGCGGUCCGUCGUUGUCCUCUUCAGUGCCGUCCUUGUCGUCCUCGUCCCCAUCCUCGUCAUCAUCCUCAUCGUCCAGCUCCACUGCCGCCACUGGCACGAUCUGCACGUCCACUUCCACAGAGAUCGAGGCUGAGACAGUUACGACAACAUUGACGACGACACCGGCCACGGUGACAACGGUGACGACCCAGACGGAGACAACUACCACGACCACGACUCUCGACCAGAGCACGUCCACAUUCAGCACGACAACGACCGUCUUUGAGACGAGCACCGCGACGGAUACUGCGUUGGCCACCGCCACGUCCGUCGUCACCUCGACCCUGACAACGCCCGCCGCCACCGUCACUGUCGAGCGAUCGCCCGACUUCACGCCCAUCCAGAGCGUGUACGGGCCCGGCGGCAUCAGCGCCCGGCGGCCCCAGCAGCAAGCCAAUCAGGCGGCCCGGACAGCCGGGGACGUCGACGUCUUCGCCUUGGCAGAUGCCACCCACAUCGACCUCGCCCUCCUCCCGGACUGCACGUCCACUGUCGGGGAGACCACCACCAUCACCCAGAUGUCCACCUCGACUGUCAACACCGAGGCGCCCACGCCCACCGCCACGAGUACCGAGACCCAGACGGUGACAUCGACAUCCAGCGUCCUCCAGAGCCCCGCCAGCUCCACGACGACCAUCACCCAGACCGACAAAGUCACCACCACCACGACAACCACCCGCACGACCACCGAGACCAGCACCACCGUCUCGACCGAGACCGCGGGCCCCACGCCCACCUUCUACGCCGCCUGCGCCGGCACGGACAACGGGGGGGACAACGCCCUCUCGUCCUACCGCGGCGUCAUGAUCGGCUACUCGCGCAACAUCCUGCUCCGCCUGGUCCGCAACCCGGGCGUGGGCGCCGGUUACGCGUGCUGCGCGGCCUGCGAGGCCAACCCGAACUGCCGCGCGUCCUUCUACUCCCGGCUCGUCGACAGCUGCUACCGCUUCGAUGCGCCCCUGACCCCGGGGAGCCCGACGUGCGCGCCGGAGCGCGUGGCCGUGCUGUUCGAGCCGGCGCCCAUCGCGAAUGACUUGACCCUGUAUAACUCGAACUGUGGCCAGUGGGGGCUCCUGCAGGGAGAGUGGCCGGGUAGUAAUCUCUAAUCUCUAAUCUCUAAUGUAUGUGUUCAGAUUUCCAAAUGUCCGAGUAUGGUGAUUAGAUGAGGAUGUUCAGGAGAGCGUGUAGAAUCCUGGGCUUCCUCGCGGAUGUGCUUGUGCUGCAGCAGCGGCGAUCUUAUGUUGGUCGUGCAUGCGCAACCUGGUGUCUGCACGUGCAACAUAUGCUUGCAAUUCUCCUGGUGGGACAACCAUAGCACCGAGAUCGUGAUUUAGAAC